CAACAGGACAGUCGGCAUACAGAGGGAGCACCACACACACACACACACACACACACAUACAUACUCACACAGUCAUGGAGCUGCUAUGCAUGGAGGCUGCCCCGAGAAUCCAGCGAGCCUUCCCCGACCCUACCCUCCUCUCCGACCACAGAGUCCUGCAGAAUCUCCUGCUCACGGAAGACAGAUACAUUCCUAGGAUCUCUUAUUUCAAGUGCGUGCAAAAAGAAAUCGAGCCUUACAUGAGAAAAAUGGUAUCAUUUUGGAUGCUGGAGGUGUGUGAAGAGCAAAAAUGCGAAGAAGAGGUCUUUCUGUUGGCUGUGAAUUAUCUGGAUAGAUUUUUAUCUUCGGUCCCCACUCGAAAAUGUCAUCUCCAGCUGCUUGGGGCAGUCUGUAUGUUCUUAGCAUCAAAACUGAAAGAAACGAUUCCGUUGACAGCCGAUAAACUUUGCAUUUAUACAGACAAUUCAGUCUCGCCCGAGGAUCUGCUGGACUGGGAGAUAGUUGUCCUUGGAAAGCUGAAGUGGGACCUGUCUGUGACAACUCCGAACGAUUUCAUUGAACACAUCCUAGGGAAGUUGUCCUUUCUGAGAGACAGCCUGGAACUUAUCAAGAAACACAGUCAAACUUUCAUCGCCAUGUGUGCCACAGAUUUCAACUUUGCCAUGUACCCACCCUCGAUGAUCGCGACCGGGAGCAUCGCUGCGGCCAUCCGUGGUCUGGGCAUCACCUGCAGCGAUCACACUGAGGACUCUCUGACCGAACUCCUCGCCAAGAUCACCUGCACCGAGCUGGACUGCCUGAAGGCUUGCCAGGAACAGAUCGAAGCUGCUCUGACAGAGAGUUUAAAACAGUCCCAGCAGCAGCAGAACCAAGCCAUGUCAAAGACUGUGCACGAACCAGACCUCACGAGCACGCCCACAGACGUGCGGGACGUCAACCUGUGAUCCAUCGACCGACCGACUGCCGCGUGCGUGCGUGCGUGCGUGGGGCAGCGGCCUGGCUCAGCUUGUUACUUCUCCUUCAUUGCCAGCCGAGAAUUCCCUUCAUAUUUCUUUUGGGGUCCACGAGGGGUGGAAACGUUGGCCGCGCGUGACUCCAAACGGAAACAGAAGUCGACAACCGAUUGUGGAGACUGCCAUGUCGCAGGCCGUAUUCAUCCGUGGACUGUGAACCCUCGUGAGUGCGCGCGCGCGCGCGCGAGAGAGAUUUAUGCAGGAGGAAGCUAGCACGUUGCCACUCUGCUGCCCACACGCGUGUAGUUGGCAUGUUGGGAUAAUCCGUCUUCACGAUUCACAUUCCCCCCGCCCCACCCCCCCCCAAACUAUGUAGCUGCUCGCCAGCUCUCCUCUUCCUUGUCCAAUACUGAUUUGAUAAUGUCUGGCACCUCAGCUGCACAGAAAGUCAAAGAGCUGCACAAAGAUUGUCUCCUCAAACCAAUUGCCUUGUAAUUUAAAAAGAAAAACUAUUUUAAGGAUAUAAGCCUUGCACAAAAAAACCCACAAAUAGGAACAAAGAAAUCCUGUCCCAUUGACUUGAUGUCCCCUGACUGGUUUAAAUCAGUGUUCGUAGUUUGCUUAAUGGAGCCACUCUGAUGAAUGGGACAUUUUAAUACAAUUUUUUUUAAAUGACAAAGUGCUGGAGUAACUCAGCAGGUCAGGCAGCGUCUCUGGUGAACGUGGAUAGAGGUGGCGUUUCAAAGUCGGGAACACCUCCAGUUUAAAUUCCAUUUGGAAUAUUUUUGGAGGGCCACUUUCUCCAGAGAUGCUGCCUGGCAGGGGGUUGAGUUACUCCAGCACUUUGUGUCUUUUUUUUUCUUUCUGUGGCAGUAAAUCAGCAUCUGCAGUUCCUUGUUUCUCCACGUUCUCAGUUAAGAUGUCCCAAGUAACAGACUGCGACUAUUUUGCACGCUGAUAUACAAGAAUAUAUCUAUGUAAUAUACAGAUUAGUUUGUCAGUUUGUUUUGCACAGUCAUCUACAAGGUUCUGAUUGUACAUAAUAUUUAAGGGCGUGAAAACAAAAUGGCAACUGUAGCAAACAGGUUACUGACAAUAAGAUUGAGGCUUGAUGUUUAUGGAUUGCCACAUCCCCUGUUAAAUGAUCAUACAUAUAAUACUGCUUUCUCAAAUGUUAGAAUAUGUACUAUUCUACAUUUCAUCGACCGUCGUCCCCUUUGAUCUGUUAUUUUCACACCUUACCCGUCCGUCUCUCUGUGUCUCCCUCUCCCCUGACUCUCAGUCUGAAGAAGGGUCUCGACCCGAAACGUCAACCAUUCCUUCUCUCCAGUGAUGCUGCCUGUCCCGCUGAGUUACUCCAGCGUUUCUGUGUCGACCUUCGGUUUACACCAGCAUCUGCAGUUCCUUCCUACACGUUCGAAUAAAAUGUCGCCUGCUUUAAGCUGACACAGUAUAUACGUCACGACCUCCUCAAAUUCUCACCUGUAAGCAAGGAUGUUGCAUUGGCUGAUGUUGGGAAAAUUCAGCGUGGAUUUUAUAAAGUUCGCCUUUAAUCUGUUGGAGUGACUCAGAGUUGUAGGAACUUCCCAGUGCUGGAGUAACUCAGCGGGUCAGGCAGCAUCUGUGGAGAACAUGGAUAGGUGACGUUUCA